ACCGGGUGUGUGCGUGUGGCGACAGAAUGGAAGUACUGAGGAAUGUUACAAGUCAAACGCCAAAUAACAACAGGAUGUGUGAGCAAAAUAAAGUGAGUGAGCAACGGUGGAAAAAAGCGGAGGAUCAAGCACCUGCGGAGUUAUCGAGAAUCAUUACAGACCCGGUGUCAGGAAAAUGUUAUUGCCGUGGGAAAGUUCUUGGAAAGGGAGGAUUUGCAAGGUGCUUCGAAAUGACCGACCUGUCAUCCAGCAAAGUCUUUGCGGCGAAAAUCAUACCCCACACGCGCGUGUCUAAACCGCACCAAAGAGAGAAGAUUGAUAGAGAAAUUGAACUACACAGAGGUCUCAACCAUAAACACAUCGUUCAUUUCUUUCACCAUUUUGAGGAUAAAGACAACAUUUACAUCCUCUUGGAGUACUGCAGUAGAAGAUCUUUGGCUCACAUUCUGAAGGCACGUAAAGUGCUCACAGAGCCUGAGGUGAGGUAUUACCUCAGACAAAUAGUAUCAGCCUUGAAAUACCUUCACGAGCAGGAGAUCCUACACAGAGACCUGAAACUAGGUAACCUGUUUGUCAAUGACUCAAUGGAAGUAAAGGUGGGAGAUUUUGGGCUGGCUGCCAAACUGGAGCCGGUUUAUAACAGACGAAAAACAAUUUGCGGCACACCCAACUACCUGUCCCCAGAGGUGCUCAACAAACAGGGUCAUGGGUGCGAAUCAGACGUCUGGGCUCUGGGCUGUGUCAUGUACACUAUGCUCCUGGGAAAGCCACCAUUUGAGACCACUAAUCUGAAGGAGACGUAUAAAUGUAUUCGUGAGGCCAGGUACUCCCUGCCCUCCACACUCUCUCUGUCUGCCAAACAGCUCAUUGCCAGCAUGUUGUCAAAGACCCCAGAAGACCGUCCCAGCCUGGAUGACGUCCUGCGUCACGACUUUCUCACGCAGGGCUUUAUGCCCGAGUAUCUUCCAGGAAGCUGCUGCCAUACCGCCCCCGACUUCCACGUCUCCAGCCCUGCCAAGAGCUUCUUUAAGAAGGCUGCAGCUGCUCUCUUUGGUGGGAAGAAAGACAAGGCAAAAUACUAUGAGUCCCUCAACAGGUUAGCCAAAGAGGAGGAGGAUAUCUACAAGCUCCGUCAGGACUUCCGGAAAACCACGAUUAGUCAGCAGCCUACCACAGAGAUGAUGGAGGAUCGAUGGAUUCCGUCAGCACCGACCGGGAAGCCCGUCUCCCAGGCAACCGACGGACAGCCUACGACAAGAGACACCAUUCGCAUGAUAGUGAGAGGCAGCCUGGGAAGCUGCAGCAGCAGUAGUGAAUGUCUGGAAGAAGGCACGACUAGCACGGUAGCAGAAGCUGUUGCUAGCGUUCUCAGAGGAUGCUUAGAGCACAUGCCCAAUGCCAGUAACCUUCCUGAAGGCAGUGGUUGUAACAGCCUUCAGUGGGUAACCAAGUGGGUGGACUACUCCAAUAAAUAUGGCUUUGGCUAUCAACUGUCUGACAGCACCGUGGGCGUUCUCUUCAACAAUGGAACACAUAUGAGUCUUCUCCCUGAUAAGAAAACUGUCCAUUACUAUGCCGAGCUGGGCCAACGAUCUGUGUUUUCCACCACUACCGUACCUGAGCGAUUUGUCGGCCAAGUCACCAUUCUCAAGUACUUCGCCCACUAUAUGGAAGAGAACCUGAUGGAUGGAGGGGACGUGGUGAGUGUGAGUGAAAAUGAGCAGUCUGAAAUCUACCUCCUGCAGUGGUUGAAAUCAGACAGAGCGCUGAUGAUGCUUUUCAACGACGGCACCUUUCAGGUGAACUUUUAUCAUGAUCACACGAAGCUGGUCCUGUGCGCCCAGCAGAAGGAUUACCUGCUGACAUACAUCAACGAGGAACGCGUGUCCACCACUUUUAAGCUUAGCAUGCUGCUAGCGUCCGGCUGCACGUCAGACUUACAGAACCGCAUGGAGUACGCCUUCAACAUGCUACAGCAGAGAUGGAACUGAGCCAAUCAGCAGGAGAAAGGCACGGCAACAGAGACCAAUGAGAAACCAGAAUCCAUUCUCUGUGUGAGCUUCUGCAGAGAAGUAGCUUUAGCCGCUAAUCGGCGGACUCGAUGUUAAUCACAGAGAUACUCUGGCUGGAUGGACUCGAAUGUUGACUGGAGGGAAGAUGGAAAGUGAUGUUUAAAGGAGUGAAUGAGAAAAUAAUGAGCCAAUACUCUUUUUUUUGUUGUUGUUGUUUGUUUUUCAAAAGGAAGCUAUUGGUGAGAGUUGAAUACUGGGCUGGAACCAGGUAGAUUUUUUUUUUUUUGAAUUGAGAUUGAUAAGACAAGUCUUCAGAUGAUACUUAACUGAAAGCUGAGCCAGAAUUGAGAUGCACAGCUUGACUGUGAACCACAGUGCUGCUGUAUGAGGAUGAGUGGAGGAGACGUCUUAUGGACUUUAUGUUAAAAUGAACGAAGGUGACGGGAGGAGUGUAAAUAUAGGGCUACAAAAGCUGAGGCCUCUUGUUUGGGUUACCUCACAACCCCAAUUCAUCUGCCAUGGGCUAA